AAAAUCAAGUUCCAUACUAGCCUCGAUAACCCUCACGAACUUUAUAAUUAUAGGGCCUCAUUGGAGCCUAGCUCCUAUAAAAAGCCCCCUUCAUAAUUUAACUCAUAUAAAUAAGGUUUGUUUCGUGUUGAACCACGAUUUCAUAUAGUCCCCAAUGAAAGUGACCCUACAAAAUACAGUGACAUAAAUAUGUCAAAUAUCUAGCAAUAGUGAUAAAAACUUUCAGUUCAGCAGCCAGAACUUGUAUUGCAGACAUCGGACCAUAAAUGAGGUCUUAUUCAGAAAAUUACUUCCAUCACAAACAAGUUUUAUAAAAAACUCCUUAUUUCAAAUUUUAUAAGGAUCGUUUAAAUGUUAGAUAAGGAUGGGUUUAUUAUUAAAUCUAUCCCCAAUCGAUCCAUAAUUGACCCGAUCCUCAAUAUUUCCUUGGAAAAUUUUCUAUAAAAUUUAAUCAUUUUAACAAAUUGGUAACUCGUUUUAAUUUUAUAGAGUUCGAUCGAUAAUUGAAGGCUCUAUUUUAAAAACCUUUCUGAUAUUUAUAUUAAUUUCGUUUAAUAAAAUUCAGCACUUAUCAAAUAAAUGAUAAUUUGAUAGUGGGUAUAUAAUAUUUGUCAUAUAACUCUUACUUGUUGAUCUAUGCUAACAACUUAAGAAGACCUUAAGUCCAAUAUUGAACACGAAACUUAUGAAAUUUCGACCGGAUUGUAUGCUCGACUCAUAAAAAUUGAGCUGUUUUUUUUUAAAUGUCAUCUUUUGAAGAAAAAAAAAUUCCAUAAAAGAUCUUUUAUAUACUAACUACACAUAAAUUUUGGUGAUUUUUUACGCUUUUUAUACCACUGUGCAAAUUGUAAGAAAACCCAAAAUAUACAUUAAGAGCGUGCUACAAAUAUUUAGCUUUAUCUCCAGCUGUUUACGCUCACUUUAUAUAACUAUAAUAAUAACAACAAGAGAAUGGCUUGUCGUCGCUCAUUGGAAUAUGUGGCUGCUUUAGCUGCAAUUGCAAUGGCUCUUGCUCUAAUUGCAUUCGCAAUAUCGGUCACAAACCUAAAUCGUAAUAAUCGUAAUGAAAGAAAAGAAAACAAUAAUAAUGAUGCUAAUACAACGAAUCGACCACAAGUAACAAAUAACUCUGAAACUCAAUUACUAAUAGGGACGACAACAAGUAAUAAUUUAAUAAACUCAACGCUAAAAUCAACUGAUAUUUUAAGCUCAACAACAACUACCACUAGUACAUCCACAACAACUACUACUGCUGCUACAUCUACGUUGUCAUUGUUAACUUCAACUGAAAAAAAUUUUCAUAUUGCUUUGCCAACUCUUAAAUCGGUGGUAACAGCAGUGACAUCAAAUAAUAUUAUACCGGUUGAUGACGUUAUUGAAGUUGAUGACGCCGUUGCUGUUAUUGAUAAUAAAUAUGGUGAAUUUUCUACCACAACAAUAACUUCCGCAAUUGAUCCUUCUACAAUAGAGGAAACUACAGCAUGGAAAACACUGACAUCACAUCCAAAUUCACUGGUACAAUUAUUACCAUCACGUGCAAUGCGUGUGGUGCAAGAAGUUGUAAGGUCAUUUCGUAAAGAUACGCAGGUGGUAGUGACAACAUCGGCGGGAAAAGUAAGGGGACGUUUUCAAAAAUAUCGUUCUGGUGAACGCGGUGGCUAUUAUAGUUUCAAAGGCAUACGUUAUGGACAAGCACCAGUGGGCGAUAGAAGAUUCCGUGCUGCAGAACCAGAAAAAAGUUGGUCGGGCAUAAGAGAUGCCUCAAGAGAGGGCAAUAGUUGUCCCCAUAAAAAUAUGAUUUUAGAUACAUUUAAAGGUAAUGAAGAUUGUUUGUUUAUAAAUGUCUUUACCGCCAAAUUGCCAAAGGGAGAAUAUAAUCCACAGUUCCCCGUAAUGGUUUGGCUACAUGGUGGUGGUUAUUCUUUUGGUUCUGGAAACACCUUUUUAUAUGGUCCUGACUAUUUAGUAGCAGAAAAUGUUGUAUUGGUGACUUUAAAUUACAGAUUAGGACCUUUGGGUUUUUUGACGGCAGGUCCUGAUGCUCCCGGUAAUCAGGGAUUAAAAGAUCAAAUUUUGGCCUUAAAAUGGGUGCGAGAUAAUAUAGCCGCCUUCGGAGGAGAUCCUAAUCAAGUAACUGUUUUUGGUGAAUCGGCUGGUGCUUCUUCGGUACAAAUGUUAUUACUAUCACCUUUAGCUAAAGGACUAUUUCAACGAGCCAUUUCUGAAAGUGGUUCGGCUUUAAAUCCUUGGUCUAUGGGUGAAAAUUCAGUGGCCAGAGCUGCUAGAUUAGCUGCAAAUUUAGGUUAUGUUGGUGCUAAUAAUACAGAAGAUAUUUUGGAAUUCCUAAGAAGAGCUCCUGCCAUGAAACUAGUGGAGGCAGCACCUACAACUCUAACCGAAGAAGAUUUUAGAAAUAAUAUUGGUUUACCCUUUGUUCCUGUCGUUGAGGGUUAUUGGAAUAAGGAGGGAGAGAAAAAUGUCUACUAUGAAGCACCAUUUAUAACCGAAUCCCCACAAGAGUCGUAUAGAAAACAGAAAUUCCAUAAAAAUAUUCCAUAUUUGACGGGCUAUAAUACACAUGAGGCCAUGUUGUUUAUAAGACGUUUACGUAAAAAUCCCCAACUAUUGCAAAUUAUAGAAAAUGAUUUUGAACGUUUGGUUCCCCACGAUCUCAAUGUUACAGACCAAAGACCCCGCGUCAGUCGGGAUAUACGUCAGUUCUAUUUAGGCUCAAAACAAGUUGGUAUUGAGUCGGUUGAUGAAAUGAUAGCGUUACUUACCGAUUUAAUGUUCCUGCAAGGUAUAAGACGUACAGCUAGAAAUCAUGCAAAAUAUGGCAAUGCUCCUGUCUAUAUGUAUCGCUUUUCAUUCGAUGGUGCUUUGGGAUUAUAUAAACGAAUGUUAGGCCUUCAACGACCGGGUGUAUGUCACGGUGAUGAAAUGGGUUAUUUAUUCAAAUUUGGUUUCUUUAAUUUAAGUUUAGAUCCAAAAUCUAUGGAAGUCCUAGUCAAAAAUCGUAUGGUGCGAAUGUGGACAAAUUUCGCUAAAUAUGGUAAUCCCACCCCACAACAUAUAGAUGAUAAUUUACUUACCACCACUUGGCAGCCUAUCAAUCCCAAUGAUGUUAUGCAAAAUUUAAAUUAUAUGGAUAUAACAACAAAUCUUGAAAUGAAAACAAAUCCGGAAACUGAACGGCAACAAUUUUGGGAUUAUAUGUAUGAGCAUUACAAUGGUAAUGCCAUGUAGUUUAAAUUCCACAUAUACAUAAUCAUACAUAUAGUACAUAAUAACAUAAAUACAUACACAUUUUGUUAAACAUAAUACAUUUUAAAUAAAAUGAAACCGACAACACCAUCAUUACAUUCUACUUUCGCAAAAACAUACACACACUAAAUAUUUAAAACAAAAACUUUUUAGAACAAUUUUUCUAUUUAGCAACAACAAAAAAACUAUUAUAAAGAAACAAUUUGUUAUAGUUUUUUUUAAUAGUUUUUGUUACUAAAUACAGCCAAUAAUUAACCUAAAAAAAAUAUUUUUCUCUUCUAAAUCAUUUGCCAUUUUUAUGAAAAACAAAAAUAAUCAAACAUUUAACAGUGGGUGUUUGUUUUUUAACAUUUCACAAAAUAAUUUUAGUUU